AUGGGCUGCACACCAUCUCGCAGUGACUUUGCUAACAGCAUUGCAAGAAAUGGACUUAAGGGUUUGAAUAAACCCAAAGGUAUUUUGCGUGUCGAUCCAGGAGACAAAGGAAUUUCACUGCUAAUUAAAAGUUCGUCUUGUUACACUAUUGAUGAGUUCGGUCAGUAUGAGAUUCAGAGGAAAGAGAACCCAAGAGAAAAUGAGGAGCAAGUAUCAGAUCAAGACAAAAAUGAUAAUUUCCAGUCAUCUUCCAAGACUCAUUCAGAUCCCCAGAUUGCCAGGGACAAAAAGAAAACUGAGAGGACAGCCACAGAUGCUGAAGCAGCUUUUUCUGAUCUUAUUGAGUCCCAAAAACAUGUCACUGAGGACAUACAGAUCAGAAAGCAAAGCUCCUGUGAAUCAGAAGCAUCAGCUUUUAUUUGGGAUGAUAAGAAUGAAAGCAACAGAAAGAAAAUCCCAAAGAAAGCAAAAAAGCAAAGAAGUCAUAAACUAGCAAAGCAAGGCCAACCUGGCAAAAUUAAAGAAAAGUCCACUUUGCCUCCAAGCGAGACAGAGGAAAAAGUAGAUUUCCCAGAACUGCUUGUUAAGGCUCAUCAGAGUGCUUAUGCCUACUUAAAUCCCAACCUCUCCAAAUAUGAAGCGAUCCUUCAUAUGGCCAGCCAGGCUACUCAAACUCAGCUCAUCCUGCAGCAGAUGGUAAGCUUCCUGAUGCUUCGCUUUGAUGAAAUCAACCAUCUCUUGGAAGAAAUUGCUAAUGAUGGGGAAAAUCUUCUCAAAAACGUGGGUGGGAAUCUGGCAUGGCCAGCAAAAAAAGAUCUGAAGGAGCACCCUGAUCUGUUGCAACAAUUACUGCAGUACACAGUCAAUAAAAUGCAGUUGCUCAGUGGAACAGUGUCUUCCCUUACCUCAGAUGCCCUGCAGGAGAUGUGCAGCUACCUGCAGUCUGCUGCAAGCAACUUGGAAGGAAAACUGAAAGCAAAGCAAAGUUUUGAUGAGCGGCUGUUGCGAACCAUAAGUCUGCUUGAAGCCUCUACAGUGGGAUCCUCUCCAUCCCACAGCGAGGACAGAACGCUCUAUUCUGAAGACAGUGGCAUUGGAGCAGACAAUGAAUCUAUCAAAGACUUCAGUGCUCUCAGUCAACUUGGAAGACAAACAAGCUGUGAUUCUUGCGCACAUGACCAUCUAUCCCAAAAGCACACCAGAGCUGUGAAGCACACUUGUGAUGGAACAGCAUCACCAGGUACAGCCACAUCCCAUGACUGUGCAGUUGAAAAGCAUUUUAAAGAUACAUUUUACUCAUCUGCUCAGAGUAGAGAAGUGGCUUCUUGUCACACUAGAGUACCAAAAGAUACUUCUGCCAUGUCCCAACAUGCAAGACUGUGCAAAAGCCAUUCUUAUAACUCAGUCCAGUCAGAUUCUGUUCAAGAAAGUGAACAGUUCAAAAUGUGUGAAUCCACAGAUUUUCCCUCUGAUGAUGAUGAUGAUGAAGGGAGCACCUUGGGGGAGGAUGAUGACAGCACAAGUUUAUCAGAAAUGGGGAAGGAUAUUCUGCCAAGAAGGCCUCUGUCUUCACCUGCGCUAACUGAUAAUACACAAAGGCAGUCAGCAAAGAGGACAGAGAAUACAGAGACAGAGGAAAUUAUCCUGAAAAUGAAAUAUGCCAUCAGUGAAAAAAUCAAGUUUGUCCCAGCUAAACCUGGGCAUAAGGAAUGGAUAGAGGAUGAGAGUGAAAGAACAAUCCUAAGAGCAAGGCCUAGUACAGCAACAGGUAACCAGAAAUCCCUAGUGAAACAGCGACGGUCCAGGUCAGAGGAGUCUCUCAGAAGCCAGGCAGAGGACCCAACUCUUCUAGAGCUUCAAAGAACUCAAAAAGAGCUCAGCAAAAGACUGGAAAUAUUUUACAGAAACAAGGACACAGACAGGAACCCAGAGCCUUGGAAAUCAAGAACAGCACCUUGUUUACAGGAUGAGCAUGUUACAUCUAGAUCCUCUAACAAACUGAAGGCUUGUCUCUCAAAAAAUUUCAGCAUACUGCCUAACCAGGAUAGAGUUCCUUUAUAUGUGGUUGAUCAAAAUCCUGUUAAUCACCUGGACGAAAGAAAAGGCAAGAGGCUCUUAGGAUCUACUGUGUCCCCACAGGAGUCAUCAAGCAGCAAAGAUGUGGAGCCUCCUGGAACACAACUCCAGAACAGCAGUAGCUGUGCAUCCCACAAAUCUGUCAAAAAGCUUAUUGAAACAUUCAGCCCUAUUGAUCAUCUUCUAAGGACCACAACUCUAAGAUCUGUAGGACCAAUAAAGUGCAUCAAAAAUUUUGGACUUCCAGUUAUUCCACCCACUCUUCCCUUUCAGAAAGGCCUGACACCUUUAAGUCCUAAGAAUUGUAUUUCACCAGUAGAAGUCAUAAACCAUCAAAACACCGAUGCAGGUUCUUCAAAUUUUCCCCCUGUACCAGCUGCAGAAUUAAGUACAAAGGACACAAAAGAGGAGACUGAUGAAGACAUUGAAAAUCUGCCACCACCACCCCCUGAAAUGUUAAUGGACACUUCUUUUAGCUUAUCUGAGUCUGAAGAAACUGCCAAAAUAGAUGGAAACUCUUCAGAAGAUGCGAAGAAACCCAUCAAAACAGAACUUCACACUACUAGGAGAGCACACAUUUCCCCCAAAAUCAAAGCCUCUCUCCAGUCCAUUGACUUAUUACCAAGCAAAAAUAUCAGCAGCCCCAAUGCGAUUGCUAAUAGAGUUGUAAGAAAUGCUGGAGUGGAUGAGAAAUUUCGGAAAUACUCUCUGGAGCUGAAUCCUACCAAUGUGCACAUCCCUAGCCAAGAAGAGAUCCUUGCAACUCAGAGAAAAGAGGCUGCAGAUUUGUAUAAGCAAACCCAUAGAAUUAUUCCUCUUCGAAAUCCCAGUGAUGGUUCAAAAACAUGCGGUAAUAGCUCAGAGAGCAAAGAGCCCAGUUCGCUUGCAACUUCAGCGCAGUGCCAGAAGCACGGAUCUCCUGACUCACUGAGGAAAAACGAGAGAGGGUCAGCUUUCGUCAGGAGAGUCUCCCCAACGAGGACUCCUUCUCCACCAGCUGAGAGGCGUCUCUUCAGCCCGCCUGCACAUCAUAGAAACACUCUGCAGGCGUUCAGCAGCUCCCAGCCCGGCUCACCUGCCCUGCAGAGGAAGCCCAGCCCACCGGGCAGCCCCCGGGCACCCAGCCCCACCACACAGAAGAAGCUCUCCUCUCCACCGGCCCUGCGGAAGCUGCUCAGCCCGCCCGCAGGGCGCCAGCCAAGCUCGCCAUCUCCACACAAGCUGCCAGGUUCCCUGGGUGGCCACCGAGAUGCGAGCCCACCUCCUUUCCCAGUCACUCCUUCCCCACCAUCCUCACCAGCUCAGUCUUAUAAGGGACUCAAAGCCGGGUUGGAUGCUGGUGACGAGCAGCAACCCUUCUCCUCAAGGAGGGGGAGCAACGUCCGUUCAAUAUUCUGCCCCAUGACUUCCUCCCUGUUUGAAGCCAGGCCUCCAAUGUCCCUUGGCAAACUCACGGCAGAGGUGCCAAGCCAGCCAGCGGCUGCCCCGUUUCCCCAGGGAAGGAGUGUUCUUCUCAGGCAGCCUGGAGAGCGGCCCAGGAAGCUGUCUCACAGCGCUGCCAAUCCUCAGCCCUUCGUGAAGAGAAGUUUCUCUGACCGCCGGCCGGGGGUGCAGCCUUGUCUUCCUGCUCCGGUGUCAGCUGGCAGUGAACCUGCGCUCAACCAGGCAAGCUUGGAGGAGAGCCCCAGGAAGGGAAGUGACUCCUGGAACAGCCCCUGCCCCUCUGAAAUCAGAGAGUCCAGUAGGGCAGCUUCUCACUCCGACCUCUACGUUGUGGGCCAGCGGCUGCAGAGGGAGUGA